GGCGUCUCCGCCAUUUUGUGAGUCUAUAACUCCGAGCCGUUGGGUCGGUUCCUGCUAUUCCGGCGCCUCCACUCCGUCCCCUGUGGGUCUGCUCUGAGUGCCAUGGACGGCAUCGUCCCAGACAUAGCAGUUGGUACAAAGCGGGGAUCUGACGAGCUCUUCUCUACCUGUGUCACCAACGGCCCCUUCAUCAUGAGCAGCAACUCGGCGUCUGCAGCAAACGGCAACGACAGCAAGAAGUUCAAAGGUGACAACAGGAGCGCAGGCGUGCCCUCGCGGGUGAUCCACGUGCGCAAGCUGCCCGGCGAGGUCACCGAGGGCGAGGUCAUCUCCCUGGGGCUGCCCUUCGGCAAGGUCACCAACCUGCUGAUGCUGAAGGGGAAGAACCAGGCAUUCAUCGAGAUGAACACGGAGGAGGCCGCCAACACCAUGGUGAAUUACUACACGUCAGUGACGCCGGUGCUGCGCGGCCAGCCCAUCUACAUCCAGUUCUCCAACCACAAGGAGCUCAAGACCGACAGCUCCCCGAACCAGGCACGGGCCCAGGCAGCCCUGCAGGCCGUGAACUCCGUGCAGUCAGGAAACCUGGCCCUGGCCGCCUCAGCCGCGGCAGUGGAUGCGGGGAUGGCGAUGGCCGGCCAGAGCCCCGUGCUCAGGAUCAUUGUGGAGAACCUGUUCUACCCCGUGACGCUGGACGUGCUGCACCAGAUCUUCUCCAAGUUCGGCACCGUCCUGAAGAUCAUCACCUUCACCAAGAACAACCAGUUCCAGGCACUGCUGCAGUACGCGGAGCCCGUGAGCGCCCAGCACGCCAAGCUGUCCCUCGACGGGCAGAACAUCUACAACGCCUGCUGCACGCUGCGCAUCGACUUCUCCAAGCUCACCAGCCUCAACGUCAAGUACAACAACGACAAGAGCCGCGACUACACCCGGCCUGACCUGCCAUCCGGGGACAGCCAGCCGUCGCUGGACCAGACCAUGGCCGCCGCCUUCGGUGCACCUGGUAUAAUCUCAGCCUCUCCGUAUGCAGGAGCUGGUUUCCCUCCCACCUUUGCCAUUCCUCAAGCUGCAGGCCUCUCCGUCCCCAACGUCCACGGAGCCCUGGCCCCACUGGCCAUCCCGUCGGCAGCGGCCGCGGCGGCGGCGGCAGGCCGCAUCGCCAUCCCGGGCCUGGCAGGGGCGGGCAAUUCGGUCCUGCUGGUCAGCAACCUCAACCCUGAGAGAGUCACACCCCAAAGCCUCUUUAUUCUUUUCGGCGUCUACGGAGACGUGCAGCGCGUGAAGAUCCUGUUCAAUAAGAAGGAGAACGCCCUGGUGCAGAUGGCCGACGGCAGCCAGGCGCAGCUGGCCAUGAGCCACCUGAACGGGCACAAGCUGCACGGGAAGCCCAUCCGCAUCACACUGUCCAAGCACCAGAACGUGCAGCUGCCGCGCGAGGGCCAGGAGGACCAGGGCCUGACCAAGGACUACGGCAACUCGCCGCUGCACCGCUUCAAGAAGCCGGGCUCCAAGAACUUCCAGAACAUCUUCCCGCCCUCUGCCACGCUGCACCUGUCCAACAUCCCGCCCUCCGUCUCCGAGGAGGACCUCAAGAUCCUCUUCUCCAGCAACGGCGGCGUGGUGAAGGGCUUCAAGUUCUUCCAGAAGGACCGCAAGAUGGCGCUGAUCCAGAUGGGCUCCGUGGAGGAGGCGGUGCAGGCGCUCAUCGACCUGCACAACCACGACCUGGGCGAGAGCCACCACCUGCGCGUGUCCUUCUCCAAGUCCACCAUCUAGGCCCUGCCGGCCGGGCCCGCCCACUUCCGUCAUUCCAGAAAAGCCACUUUAACGCAGCUGAAGUGACCUUAACAGACCAGAGAGUUUAUUUUUUUAAAGAGAAAUCAGUUUACCUGUUUUUAAAAAAAAUUAAAUCUAGUUCACCUUUGACCGUGCGGUGGCGGGUGACUGCGGCGGGGGCGCCCCCCUGGCCGCGCGGGGCCGCCCGCACCCCUCGGCUUCCUCGUGCCUUAAACCUGCCUGCCUUGGGGCCGCCCCCCAAUCAUGUGCCUGAGGCCGGCGGGGGCCCGGCCGACCCCCCCAAUCAAGUGACGUGAUUCUCGCUCGCCCCUCUCCCGCUGGCGCGGCCCCGCCUGUGCCUCGCCUUGUUCCACGUGACCAAAUAGCCCCAUGUAUAUGCAAGAGCUAGCGAGUACCUUGAGUACCUUGUAGCCCAGGACGCAGCGCUGCCCGCCCGCCCGCCCAGCGCCCCCCGCAAUCGGUCCCGCCCCCGCCCCCCCCGCCCCAGGUUUGGACCAAAGUUGCGUUUCGUCUCUGUGCCUGCUCCGCGCUGGGCCCGGGCGGCGGGACUGACUGAGUCUUAGCGCCCCCGGCGGGGGACGCCCAGGGUGUACAUAUUUAUGGUUUUUUAUACCUGUGAGAGCUCGGGCGGCGCGGUUUUCUAUGGCGACAGAUGUAUAUUUUGUCAGCGCGGUCCUGAAGGGCGCGCGCCGAGAGAACUCAAUUAAACGAUUUUACA